AAGCUACAUCCGCCAAUGGCUCUGAUUGCCAAAGUGACAUGAGUAAUCGCAUGAAGACCUUGGCUCACUCUUUAAUGUGUACUUCUUCUACUUAAAGAUAAGCAUAUGUUGAGACUGGAUUGAAAAGUGCAUGGUUUGAAAGCAAUGUCUGACUAGGACUUUGAAAUAUCUCAGAUGGAGUGUACCCCAGGAAGAUCCCGCCCUCCUAGGCCCCCUCCUAUGGCACCUCAGACCACUGUUGCUCUGGUACAGGAGAAGAUAAAGAAAGUGAAACGAUACCACAAUGAAGCAUUUCAACAAAUCAACAAAGCACUUACAUAUGAUGAACAAGGACAAAAAGACCAGGCUUUACAGCUGUACACCCGGGGCUGCCAGUAUUUGGACAGGGCACUGUCUAUACAGUGUGAUGGAACUGGAGAUGAGUUUGAAGAUGUCAAACAGCUGAAACAAAAAAUGGAAAAAACAAAGAUUCAGAUAAACAGUAGGAUUGAAGCUUUGAAAGAGGAUGAGGCUGUGGCCAUGGCUAUAGAUGACCCACCCCCAUCUUACCAAGCUUCCAUGUUUGGUGCUUCUCAGGAUGAAUUUGAGGCUCUUGGUGAUAGUAUAAUGACAAAUGAAAAUGGUGAACCAUCACUGGAAACCAAUGCUGAAGCUGUAUACUCAAUUCCAGAGGGUGUUCAAAUAUACUGGAUAACUCCCCAGGGUUAUGUCAGUGCCCCCUCCUACCCAGCAGCCUUACAUAUAUUUAAGUUUAAAGAACAGGAGCCCCAAGGUGCAAGCAGCAUACCCCGUCCUGAGGGUUUCCUUAAGGUGGGAGAUUGGGUGUACCCUCUUCAGCCAGGGAGAUCCCCAGUUCUUCAUGCCAGGAACGGGGCAUAUAUGUUUCCAGAUGUUCUCUCAGCUCAAGAGGGAUCAGCUGUAGGACUAAUGUUGCCCCCAGACUUGCCAACCUCAGAGAGGGAAAAUUUUGAAGGGAUUCUCCACUCCCUGACUGCCUUGCAAGAGGAGCCCCUUCCCACUGAGAGACCAGAGCCCCCUAGUGAGGCCCCUAGGGAGCCAGGAAUAAUUGAGGAAGACAGAACAAGUGCAAAAAUAUCUAGAGGACUGGUCACAGCUGCAGAAUGGGUGUCCUGGGGGUUAGGAAAAGCUUCAGAGAAAGGGGGAGAACUUCUGAAGAUGGGUGCAGUCAAAAUGAAAGAGCAUUUGAAACCAGAAGAACAACAACCAAAUGUAGAUCCCCGUGUACAAAAAGGGUUGGUUUAUGCCAGGAAAGGGACUGGGGUGGCUGUCAAAGUCAGUGGAUUUCUUGUGAAUAAACUUGGUGAGGCCACCAUGUUGUUAGGCCGACAGCUGGCACCACACAUAAAGAAACAUGGCACCCGACUGUUACCCAAGGAGUUGAAGGCCAGUGACCAGGAGGGAAGAUCGAAGAUUGACAAUGUGCUUGAAGUGGCAGGAGGGGGCUUAAAAGGUUUAGGAACAGUGUACAAUGGUUUAGAAGUUGCAGCCAAAGCUCUUGGAAAAAGCAUUGCUACACAGACAGUCGAUGUUGUUCAGCACAAAUAUGGUGAGCAGGUUGGCAGUGCCACAGAGCAUUCUUUGUACACAGCAGGCCACAUUGUCAUGACUGGAUACAAUGUCAAGGAAAUGGGCAUCAAAGCAAUAGCCAAGAGAGCUGCCAAAGAUACUGGAAAGGCUGUUUUAGAAGAUUACAAAACAGCCAAGGUUGCUAAAGAGAAUGGCACACAUACUGUCACAAUGUCGGAAUUAAAAAAGCCACCUCGUCCACCUCCACCUGAUGGACCAAAAUGACACCUUUUUUGCAUGCAGUUAAACAAAUCCUAUGUACAAACAGAAUUGGACCCUCGGAGUUUUAUUUAUUUAUUUAUUUAGUCAUUUAUUUAUUUAAAUGCUAUUUAUGGAUACAGUGGAAGAUGAUUUGCUACUCUGGGUCCCUUUUACUAAGAGCUCAUGUCAACUUGAUAUACAUAUAAUGGCAUAAAGUAAAUUCUUUUAUCAUAUUUAAGAUAUGUGCUAUUUGUGGAAUAUAUCAGUUUAAUUUUUAGAGCUAUUUUAACAUAUUUGAUAUAUGUUUCAUUUGAGAUAUAUACCAGUUAAACUUUAGUGUCAUUGUUCUGUGAUAACAGCUGUGAUUGUUAUUUAUGGGAUGUUUAUUUUAGUGGAAAUAAAAUGAUUAUGUAUAUCAUUCAUGAUGCACCAUUAAGUAUAUUUACAUGUAGGACUGCACCCAAUCAAAAAAUGCCCUCAAAUUGUAGCAAGUUGGUGAUUAAAUUGCAUUGACUUGUGGUUCAAGUGCAGUAAUUAUUGUUAUAAUAGUAGAAGUAAUGUCAAUGCUUAU